AUCAAAACACUCCUACAUCUUUUUGAUCACAUGAUAAAGCCUGUUGCAUUAUAUGGCUGUGAAAUUUGGGGAACCCUUACAGCACGCAUACAAGAUAAAAACAAACAUUUAUACGAUAUUUUUAAAGAGUGGGAGGCAGAAAGCUUAAAUAUCAAAUUUUGUAAAUAUCUAUUGGAAGCUGGGAAGAAAAGUACUAAUAUUGCAAUAAUUUCUGAACUGGGAAGAUACCCUAUGUAUUUUUCAAUUAUUCAAAACAUCUUAUUAUACUGGCAUAGGUUGCAAUCAAGUCCAGAAUCUUCCCUGUUACAUAAAGCAUAUACAGAAAAUAUUAACCUUAAUCAAGGCAAUAUUAACUGCUGGUACAAAAAUGUAAUUUAUUAUAGUAAGAAAAUUAAUCUCUCAUUACCAGAAUGUAAAACAUACAAAAACACAUUUUUAAAAAAACAAGUUAAGAAACAUUUGAAAAAACACUUCCUACAAUAUUGGAAAAUGAAACGUGAAGAGGGACUGGAAUCUGGAAAACUUACUACUUAUUUUAUGUUUAAAGAAAAUUUUAUAAUGGAAAAAUAUAUGUACAUUAAAUCUCAUAAAAUAAGAAAAUCCAUUUGCAGAUUUAGAAUAAGUGCUCAUGACCUAAGAAUUGAAAAAGGCAGAUAUGAAUCUGUAAAAAAUAAUGCUGGUCAAAGAAUCCCCUUAGAUAGAAACAAAAGAAUAUGUUUAAUGUGUAAUCAAAACAAUAUAGAAGAUGAAUAUCAUUUUCUUACUGAAUGCCCAUUAUAUACUGAGGAGAGAGAUAAAUUUUUUCGUGAUAUCUCAUUACUAAACAAAAAUUUCAUAUUAUUAUCAAAAGGAGACAAAUUUCUCUGGUUAAUGUCUAAUGAAGAUAAUCUAAUUAUUACAAAGCUAAGUGAAUAUCUUGUCAAAGCCUUCAAAAUAAGGCAUAAUGCCAUGAGUUUUCAUAAAUAAUGUUAUAGACACAUAUUUAUUUGUAAACUGGGAUAUAUGUAUAUUGAUAAUAUUGAUUUUGAUUGCAUGUUAAUUAACAAUUUGAUAACCCCAACUGCUGCAUCUACAUGUCCAGUUACUUGUAAUAUUAUAUCAGAUAUAUACAUGUGUGUGUAUGUGUGUUUAUGUUUUUUCUUCAACCUUUCUU